AUGGUCCGACACAAGAAAGACUUUGCCGGCCGCGGCAAGAAAUUCGGCGGCGGACGCGGCGGCGGCUCCUCCCGUACCCCCCGCGGCAACAACCACCCCGACCAAGACGGUGACCCUACCACCACCAGCACCCGCCCCCCGUACAAGGCCGCCUGCUGGGACCUCGGCCACUGCGACCCGAAGCGGUGCUCCGGCAAGAAGCUGAUGCGCCUCGGCAUGAUGCGCGACCUGCACGUCGGCCAGCGUCACGCCGGCGUCGUCAUCACCCCGCGCGGGCGCUCCGUCGUCUCCCCCGCCGACGCGCCGCUGCUCGCCCAGCACGGCGCCGCCGUCGUCGAGUGCUCCUGGGCGCGCACCGACGAGGUGCCCUGGGCCAAGGUCGGCGGCAAGUGCGAGCGCCUGCUGCCUUACCUCGUCGCCGCCAACACGGUCAACUACGGCAAGCCCUGGCGGCUCAACUGCGUCGAGGCGCUCGCCGCCGCCUUCUACAUCUGCGGCCACCCGGACUGGGCCGCCCACGCGCUGGCGCCGUUCCCGUACGGCGAGUCGUUUCUGCAGAUCAACGGGACGCUGCUGGACCGGUACGCCAAGUGCGAGGACGCGGAGGGCGUCAAGAGGGUGGAGGCGGAGUGGAUGGCGCAGCUGGAGAGGGAGUACGCGGAGAGCAGGGAGGCAAAUGACGACAUGUGGACGAGUGGAAAUACAAAUCAUCGGCGGCUGAGCGAUGAAGACGACGACGACGACGAUGGUGAUGAUGAAGAGGAGGAGGAUGAAGAGGGCGACAAGGAGAGCGUGGACGGGAUAUAUCUGGGCAAGAGGCCGCAAGAAGCACAAGACGACGAGGAGCAGGACGACAGGGACCCGUUCGCCAUCUCCGACGACAGCGACGACGAACUGGCCAUGGCCGAGAUCCGCCGCAAGGUUCUCGCCUCCAAGACCUUCGCCAAUCUUAACGACGAGGAUGAUGCCAAGGCCAAGCCGGCGACUGUCGCCCGCCCUCCUCCCCCACCACAGCAGCAGCGACAACAGCUCGCGCCGCACGACGUCGAGCCCGACUCGGACAACGACGACGAUGACGACGACGAGUUUGACAACAUCAUUGACGCCACGCCCGUGACAGACCGCGUCGGCCUGGCCAAGCUGGAGAGGGAGCGCGCGCAGGCCGCGACGGCCGCGUCGACGACGAGCAGGACAUUUUCGUCGAAUGUAGUGUCGGCGCCGAGUCGGUGGUGA